CUGAUGGUGGAUUCACUGCAGGAGCCAUAGCUUUCCUUAUUGUCAACAUGUUUCUGGUUAUCUUGGCUCUUUAUGUAAAUGUGGUGCUUCUCAUAGUCACAGUCAUUAUGGAAGUGAUAAUCAUCUGCUUUCUACUAUUCACACUGGAACGCCUGCCUCUUCCUUUGGAAGGUGUGAUGCUGGCUUUAAUCAGUUUUGUCUGUGUUUAUGGACAAACGGCUUCUUUUGCCAACCACAUGUUUGGAAAACAACUCAUUCCUCUGGGUGACUCCCUUUUGAAGGUAGGAGCAAACAAAAAGGAAGAUCAAGUCCCUUUGCCUUGUUCCAUUGCUUCUUCACAGAAAACUAGUGGCCUACGGACUAUUGCAAAAAUUCUAGAUUCUGGCCAUGUGUGUGGCAUCCCAACAGAUACCGUGUAUGCUCUGGCAGCUUCCUGUAAACACCCAAAAGCUAUUGAAGGAAUCUACAACAUAAAGGAGCGUCCUGCUGAGAAGCCUAUUUGUAUCUGCAUCUCCAAUCUCGAUCAGCUUUCUGCAGUGCAUCCUCCAUUCAGCCCCUUGCUCUGGGAGUUUAUGAACCAUGUCUACCCUGGAGGGAUGAGCUGCAUUGUGAAGAAAGGAGAAUGGCUGAAGAAACUAGGCAUUGGUGCUGCAUAUGACCAUGUUGGAACCAAGGACAGCAUCAUGAUCCGUGUUCCUGACCAUACUGUGACAGCACAUCUCGUGAAUAUGACUGGGCCACUUGCGAUUACGUCAGCCAACCCAAGUGGGGAGCCUGAUAGCAUCCAUCAUGACAUGGUUAUCUCACGCCUGGGGCACAAAAUUAAUGCCGUUUUAUGUGACGGAGACUCCAAUGAACUGGUUGCUUCCACUGUCAUCAACUGUACUAAGAUUGAUGAAGAAGGAAUCACCAUUCUAAGAGAAGGAUGCGUCCCAACAGUAAGAGUCAUGCAGAUUUUUGAACAAGUGAAGAACAAGCUUGACUAAUAGCAAACCCUCACUGAAAGAAUGCCUCAGAACCAACAGAUAACAAAGAUACAUGGAGCACUGGCAUAAAGUCACAGAGUGCAAGAAAUAGCAGUCACAAUAUGUUACACAUGGGUAAUUUCCCAUUAUGUUUGAUAAAUGUGGCAGUAGGCCUAAUGCAAUAAC